UUGACAUACCUAACAGCAACAACUGACAGGAAAAAAUAACUGAGACAUGUGUACAAUUUAAACAAUACAUAUAUAUUUUUAUUACCAUUUUUUAGUACUAAAUAUUUCUAAAAAAUACAUAAAAAUGGCUAUGACACAGUGCGUUAUUAUUUACUACGGGCCUUAUAAUUCAUUCUACACUCUUUCGUAUAAACCGCAAAAACUGACGGGAUUAAUAAAUAGACUACAAAGAUUAGAAUUCAGGGUGGAGUUGGUGCCCGUGAAGUUUGAAGAUUUUUGCGUAUUGGCAGUGAGUGGACACGAGGUUUUUCGCUGCAAUAUACGGAACCUCAAGUUUAACACUCCAUACUGCUUGGACCCUGUGUGUCAGCGGGCAGUGGCUGCAGUCCUAGAUAGUGUCACGAAGGUAACCAGAGCAAGGAAUCGCCUCUGGUUCCAGACACUUCUUCUGGAUAAAGGCAUUCUCCAAGGGAAAUAUGCUCUCGAAGAUCAUAACGUUGAUAGAAGGAAAAACAAAGAGCUAGUGAGAAAGCUGUCACGUGUCGAAACCUGUUUGAAAUGCUGCAAUGUUGGCAUGGAAAACGAUUAGGAUUGUUUUAAUUUGUACAGUAUUUUUUGACGUUUGUUCACUUAAUUAAAUAUUUUUUGAGAAUUCUUAUUUAAAAAUGAUUUGGUAUAUGUUAUAUUUUUGAGAUUUAUUUAUACUUAAUUCAAUAUUUUUAGUGUAUUCAUAUUAAUUUAUAAGUUAUUAAAGUUCCUAAUAAGAUUCGAAA